AACACCGGCAAUGUUUCAUUUACAAAUUAAGCACUGGAUGUGCUGCUAUAAUUCAUAUGUGCAGCACAUUUAAUAGUCCAUUCAGGACCAUUCAGCCUGACCAUUGCUGCAGAGGCAGUCCAAUACUCGAGUCAUUAUGAAUGGUCCCUUCAGUCCCAGGCGGGAACCAGGACCUGACCUCUCCUGUCUGCACCAGUACAACGAGUGGCUGGUGUGUAGGCAUGAGUCCAGUCUACUGCCCAUGAAAGAAGAUCUGGCCACCUGGCUUAACAGAAUCCUUGGUUUGAAUAUAACAGUGGAUAACUUCAUGGACAGACUAGACACUGGUGUCGUCUUGUGUCAGCUUGCAGAGGCUCUACAAGAGAAGAUGGUUCUGGCCAGCAAUGUAAAGCCCUUUAUUCGGCGUGUGAUUCGCUGGCGGCCUGAUGCAGCCUCUGGAUCGUUCUUUGCUCGAGACAAUACAGCGAAUUUUCUGUACUGGUGCCGUAAAAUUGGAGUGGAGCCAUCACACCUGUUUGAAUCUGAAGAUCUUGUUCUUCAGAAGCAACCCAGGGAUGUGUGCUUGUGUCUCAUGCAACUUGGGAGAAUUGCUUCAAGGUAUGGCAUUGAGCCGCCUGUGCUGGUCAAGCUCGAGAGAGAGAUUGAGAAAGAGGAAGAUGAGUCUUUGUCACCAUCCAUGUACUUCGCCUCACCUCUGCCGUCUCCCUCCACCCCACCUGUUUUUUUCCCUCCUGAUCCAGAGCCCCCUCCAACCACAACCCCCUCAUCCAUCUCUACUCCAUCCCCUCCUCCGGACCCUUCUCCCUCUCCUCCUCUGGCCCCUCCCCCUCCCCCAGAGUCCACGUGCAUCUUCUCUGGCUCAAACACCCAGUCAGAACCUCAGCAAAGUUCACCAACUACACCAUCACCCAUCAGGACACCCGUCAAAUCAACGCCGCUCUCACCGUCAAAUGGCCUUGUGAAAACUAGUGGGAAACAGAGUAGCGGUAACAUGCUGGAUGCGAUUGUGAGGCAGAUAUCAGAGGAUCCACCAUGCAAAUGCCCAGUCAAAUUCUGCAUUGAGAAGCAGCCAAAAGGCCAUUAUCGUGUUGGAGACAAAGUCCUCUAUGUCAGGAUGCUGAAUGAUAAACAUGCCAUGGUGCGUGUUGGUGGUGGAUGGGAGACCUUUGGUACUUACUUGUUAAAGCAUGACCCGUGUAAGAUGACUGAGGUCGCUCGGCCUGGAACCAAAACCGGCAAGCCUAAUGGCAGGUCCCCAGUCAAGAGAGAGCUGUCCCGGGACAGUUAUCUGGUCGUAGGCACUCAUUCCCGCUUCAAGAAGUAAUUUGACUCAGUAACUGCUACUUCUGUUAAAUCAACAGCAGGCUGAUUUUUCUGUUGUUGU